AUGAAGAAAGUCAACUUUGUGUCUGCUGAGGAGAUGGAACCAGUCCAAGAAGGGGAGGAUACACAAUUUGCUGAGGUAUGCUACAUGAGCAAUGGGCAAGGAGGUUACAACAAAGGAUACUAUAACUACAAGUCCAACCCUGCCAUGUCAUACCGCAACACUGAUGUUGCUAACCCUCAGGACCAAGUAUAUCCUCAACAACAAGCAGCUCGAUCGAGUCAAGGCCACAACAUGGGCUUCCCCCACCAACCGCCCCAGCCUGCACCUUCACAAGAGAAUGAGCUCAAGGCAAUGCUAAAGCAACUACUUCAAGGGCAAGCUGAUGGGGUAGUGGACACAAGCAAGAAGCUAGCUGAAAUAAACUCUAAGAUCGAGAACCUCAACACAAGGGUUUACUCUCUGGAGAAUCAUGCUUCUUCUGUUGCUGCUGCUACAAAGCAAGGACAACUACCUGGUAAAGCUAUUCAGAACCCCAAGGAACAGUGCAAGGUCAUCUUCACUCAAGAAGGACUUGUUGAAGAAGAGGAUCAAGAAAGGGUCAUUGAAGAUUUUUGUUUACUGCUGAAUGAUGAAGAGAUUGUUGCUGCUGAGGCUCCUGGAGUCCAGAUUGAUCAACCAGAAGUGCAUGCACCUACUGUGGCCAUUCACACUUCACCAGUUGAGCUCGCACGACAAGCUCGAUCGGCAGCUCGAUCGAGUCCAACUCUAGCUCGAUCGAGUCCGACCUCUUCUGUCCGACAGCCUGUUUUGCUUGAUCCUUAUCAACCGGUUGCCGCUUCCUCGUCUCGCCUACUUAGUCAAGGUCACAAGGAAGUGAUUCACAAGUUCAGAAGAGAUCUCAGUGGGAUUGGAAUUGAGUUGCCUCCUAUGGAUAGCAUGAGUGAGGCAUUUGAUCAAAUGCAAAUGGUCAAGGAUGUUCUAGCCAACAGUGAUAAAGUUUCAGAGGUCCUACAAGAGUCUACUCAUCAGUUCAACCUGCUUACUUCACCCACCUUCCUACCAAAGGUCAAGGAUCAAGGGAAAUUCACUCUCCCUUGCACACUUGGGCAUCUUGAGAUUGACAAUGCCUUAGUGGAUUCUGGAGCAAGCAUCAAUCUGAUCUCUCUCUCCAUGGCAGAGAAGCUAGGCAUAGCUGGAGCCUUGCAGCGCCCUACUACUUCAAUCAUGUUUGGAGAUGCAACUUCUAAGUCUCCUCUUGGAGUGUUCAAGAACUAUCACUUGAAAAUUGGAGAAUGCAUCAUCCAAACUGAUCUCACUGUGAUGGAAAUGGAAGAAGAGAAGGAUUUGCCUUUGUUAUUGGGAACCCCUUUCCUUAGUACAGUUGGCGCUUCAAUAGACUUUCACAAGCAAGAAGUGAUCCUUCACAAGGUGAAUAGUUUGGUGUCAUAUCGCUUGCAGCCUAGAGGUUCAGACUUUUGUGCCACAAUUGACAGUACCAAUCUCAGUUCUAAGAGUCAUGGAGCUACAAAGGUUGUGAAGGAAAGGGUUGACAAGGAACCAAGAGUUGGGAAGGAUAAGGAUGAGAGAGGACCAAGGAUUGAGAAGCCACGUCUUGAGAGGGCUAGAGUUGAGAAACCACGAUCUGAUAGGCCAAGAGCUGAGCGACUUGUUCAAGCCCCUUGUGUGCUUGAUGAAGAGAGCCUUCAAGCUUUGUUUGAUGAGCCACUAGGAAGGGCUCUAAAGAAGGGGAGGAUGCAGCCUCUAAGGCAAGACCAGGAGAUAAAAGAAAGGAUCCACCAGCUCAGGCCCCUUCAGUCAAGCCAUCUCAGCUCACAAUGA